AUGGCACCGGUGAAGCGUAUAUUGGAACAAGAUUCUUUCCAAGAGAAUGGCAUAAUUUCGGGGAAGCGUCUCCGCGGUGGAAAUGCCCCACCGGAUGAAGAAGACUACUACCUGGACGUCGAAGAUGAAAUGCUGGACAUGGAACCAACAGAAGAGGAAGUGGAAGGAGAAUCGGAGGAUCAAACCGUGUUUUCUGACAUUACGCCAGAGAUGCGCCAACGAUGGCUGCGUCCUGCCAGCAAAGUGACGGAUAAUUCCAAUGAUGUCAACUUGCAAUGCUUUGACAUGGAUAUGAUCAGCGGUCAACCCCUCUCUCAGAAUCCAAACGAAACCAAGUCAAGAGUCGUCGGUUCAAACAAUGGACAAGUCCCCGUGAUUCGAGCCUACGGUGUAAGCGAACAUGGAAACUCUGUGGCUGUCUUCAUCCAUGGUUUCACUCCCUACGCAUACCUUGCCCUUCCCAACAAUGCCACCUUUGACAACACGGAGGAGAAUCUUACCAAGAUUCGAUUGCACUUGAACAAGAAAUUAGAAGCUGAAGCUCGUGGACCCUCUCUUGCGGAAUAUUGCCGAGCUGUCUCUUAUGUCACAUCACACAAAUCUAUCAUGGGAUAUGACAGUCCUCACAAGAGUUUCUUCAAGGUCACUGUGGCAAUGCCAACCCUUGUUCCGGUCUUGAAACGCAUCAUGGAACCUGGUAUGAUCCAACUCAGUGGCGUCAAUGUACAAGGCGAUAAUGUGUACCAUCCGUUUGAAUGCAAUGUUCCCUUUGUCCUUCGAUACAUGAUUGACAAUGACAUCUCCGGAGCAGGUUGGCUCACUCUCCCACAGAAGACCUAUCAAGUGCGAAAGGAAGUUGAUAAAAAGACAUUUUGUCAGGUGGAAAUUGAUAUUACCUACAACGACAUUAUCUCGCGGAAACCAGAGGGUGAAUGGAGCAAGAUGGCCCCUAUCCGAGUUCUUUCCCUCGAUAUUGAAUGCCAAGGUAGAAAGGGUCACUUUCCGGAGGCUGAAAUGGAUCCUGUGAUCCAAAUUGCAAAUGCCGUGUCGGUCUACGGUGACAAGAAACCCAUUGUUCAGAACGUUUUCACCUUGAAGGGGUGUCUUCCGAUUGUUGGUGCCCAAGUCAUUUCCAGCGACAAAGAAACCGAAAUGCUCAUGAAGUGGCGUAAGUUUCUCGAAGCCUGUGAUCCUGAUGUCAUUACUGGAUAUAACGUCCAAAAUUUCGACAUUCCAUACCUUUUGGAUCGUGCCGAGACGCUGUCCAAGGGUUCCUCCCACAUAAAGGGGUUUGCGCAAUGGGGGCGCAUUAGGAACUCCAAGGCCAAGAUGAAAGAUACAACUUUUCAGUCUGCAGCCUUCGGAAAGCGUAACAAUAUCGAGACAACAAUCGAGGGCCGAGUCAUCUUUGAUAUGCUUCCCUACAUGCAGCGAAACCACAAAUUGAGUUCCUACACGCUGAAUAGUGUGUGCGCGGAAUUCCUUGGUCAACAAAAGGAAGAUGUCCACCACAGCAUUAUCUCUGAUCUCCAGAAUGGUAGUGACGAGGACCGUCACCGUCUCGCUGUAUACUGUUUGAAGGAUGCUCUGCUACCGCAAAGGCUCAUGGACAAGCUCAGUGUUGUCGUCAACUAUGUCGAGAUGGCUCGUGUCACCGGAGUCCCAAUGUCGUUUCUGAUCUCGCGUGGUCAGCAAAUCAAAGUCUUUUCCAUGAUUCUCAGAAAGUGCCGCAACGAAAAGUUGUUGGUACCCACUUUGAAGAAGGCCGGUUUCAACUCGGACGAGGUUGCCUACGAAGGUGCCACAGUUCUCGAUCCCAUCAAGAGUUACUACCAAGUACCAAUUGCUACUUUGGAUUUUGCAUCCUUGUAUCCAUCCAUCAUGCAGGCCUACAAUCUUUGUUACUCCACUCUUGUGGACCCAAGAGAUGUGAAUGGGUUGGAUCCAAAGACCUACAAGAAAAGUGAAAAUGGACACGUCUUUGUCACGAGUGAAACCAAGAAAGGUAUCUUGCCAACCAUUUUGGCUGAGUUGCUCGCAGCCAGAAAGCAAGCGAAGAAGGACAUGAAGAAUGCGCCAUCGGAAUUUGAACGUGCUGUCCAGAAUGGUCGCCAGUUGGCCUUGAAAGUAUCUGCCAACUCUGUGUAUGGUUUCACUGGUGCCACUGUUGGUCAGCUUCCUUGCGUUCCCAUUGCCUCUUCCACCACUUCCUACGGACGAUUCCUUUUGGAACGAACCAAAGAAUAUGUGGAGGAAAACUAUACGAUUGCCAAUGGAUACCAACAUGACGCACAAGUCGUCUAUGGUGAUACAGAUUCCGUCAUGGUCAAGUUUGGUUCCAAGACUGUCCAAGAAACAUUCCCACUAGCAAUUGAAGCCGCUGAGAAAUGCUCCAAGAUUUUUCCCGAUCCCAUUCUUUUGGAGUUCGAGAAGGUCUACUUCCCAUACCUACUGAUGAACAAGAAGCGAUACGCCGGGUUGAUGUGGACUCAAGAGGACAAGUAUGACAAGAUGGAUACAAAGGGUCUCGAAACUGUCCGUCGUGAUAACUGCGCACUCGUCCGUGAUGUCAUUCAAACUUCUUUGAACAAGAUCCUGAUCAAUCAAGAUGUCAACGGUGCAAUCAACUACGUUAAGAGUCAAAUCUCUGAUCUUUUGCAAAACAAAAUGGAUAUCUCGCAACUAGUCAUUACCAAAAGUUUGAACAAGGGGGCUGAAUAUGCUUUGGGUCUCGGGGGGAAGAAAGAAGACUACAAGAACAAGCAAGCUCACGUCGAGCUUGCUGCCCGCAUGCACAAACGCGAUGCAGGAUCGGCUCCCCAAAUGGGAGAUCGUGUUCCGUACGUUAUUAUUACAGGUGCGAAGGGAGCCAAGACUUUUGAAAAGGGAGAGGAUCCCAUUUAUGUCUUGGAGAACAACUUGGCCAUUGACUCCAAGUGGUACCUCUCCAACCAGCUCGCCAAGCCCUUGGAGCGUAUCUUCGAACCCAUUAUUGAUAAUGUUCAAAAGUCUUUGUUGGAAGGAGAGCACACGCGGAAGAUUUUCAUCCCCACGCCUUCUGCCCGAAAGGGUAGUCUGAUGAUGUUUGCUGUGAAGAAGGCAAACUGCAUGGGAUGCAAGGCCAAUAUUGACCCCAAUAGUGGACCCUUGUGCAAGCAUUGCCAGCCCAAGCAGGCUGCGAUUUACCUGGAUAAGCUGUCUGAAUUGACGGAUGCAGAAUUGCGAUAUGCCAAGCUAUGGGCAAAGGCUCAAGAACUCCACGGGACUGUCCAUUCCGAAAUCAUGUGCACUGGUGACGGAUGCGCAUGCCAGUUUUACAAACGAAAGAAGGCGCAAGCCGAUAUCAAGCGUUGUAUAGAAAUUGUUGACAAGUUUGGACGAUAA